ACCAAUUAAAGAAAGAAAACGGAGGACCUACGCUUCCAUAAACGAAAUCAAGAUCAAUCAAACCCUUUCCUUUUUUCCAAAGUUCAAUUCCUUCGGAACCCAUACAGAUCGAUAAAACAAGACUUCUGUAUAUAGAGAUAUACAAGAAUAGUCGUUGCACACCAUGGGUUGCUCCUCCUCCCUUCCAGAUAGGAGUGUUGGGCGGGUGGGUGGGCUUAAUCCCGACGGCGGAGAUUCUGAUGCCAAAAAUCUACGUGUUAAGCUGGUGCUAUUAGGGGACUCUGGUGUUGGGAAAAGCUGCAUUGUUCUUCGCUUUGUUCGUGGUCAGUUUGAUCCAACAUCCAAGGUCACUGUUGGAGCUUCAUUCUUGUCACAAACAAUCGCUCUCCAAGAUUCUACAACAGUAAAAUUUGAAAUCUGGGAUACUGCUGGCCAAGAGAGAUAUGCAGCUUUGGCUCCACUUUAUUACCGAGGUGCAGCUGUUGGAGUUAUUGUAUAUGAUAUAACUAAUCCUGACUCAUUCCAUAAAGCUCAAUAUUGGGUCAAGGAACUACAAAAACAUGGUAGCCCAGAUAUUGUAUUAGCUUUAGUUGGAAACAAAGCUGAUCUUCAAGAAAAACGAGAGGUGUCAGUUCAAGAUGGAAUCGAGUAUGCUGAAAAGAAUGGCAUGUUCUUCAUUGAAACUUCUGCCAAAACAGCUGAUAACAUCAAUCAGCUAUUUGAGGAAAUUGCAAAGCGAUUACCACGACCUUCUGCAUCUUGAUAGCAUUUGAUUUGAAAUAUCAAGUAAACAUUGUGGUGUGAUGAAGGGGGGUUAUUUAUGUAUAUUUGUGAGACAGUUGUUUGAUGUUGAUAAACAAUGUAUUUUGUUGAUUUUGUGUUGCAUUUGCCAGACUAGAACUGUUGUUAAAAAUGAGGAAACAAUAUAAUUUUCGCUAUGUUGCAAAUUA